UAUUAAAGCAAUUAAGCAAAUCUCAUGAGCUGUCAAACAGCCUUUUCGCAUUGCAUGUUUUGCUUUAUAUAUCUUCACCCAUAAUAUCACACACCCCCUUCAUUACCAACAUGGAUAUUCAUAGUAAUCACGGUGCAACUUCUGAAGGGAUUCUUGAGAAUGUAUGGGCCAAAAUUAUGAGCAGCGAUAAAGCAGAUGGAAGAAAAGGUGACGCUGCAGAGUCUUGUAACUCUUGGGAAGAACUUCCUCACCUUGAUGGAAGAGAAGGGUCCAUGGAAAUUCUACAAAGACUUCCAAGUUUAGGGAGGUGGAUAUCAAUGGGAGCUGAUUUCUGGGAAGAAGUUUUAGAUGGUAUUGUUCUACCUAACACAAGCAAUACAGAAUACUGUAGCCAUAACAACAUUGAAAUUGGAAGUGCUGGUGAAUGUAAUAACAAGGUGGAAGGUGGUGUGAGAAUGGAGAAGGAAGUUAGAAAACAGUACAGAGGAGUUAGGAGAAGGCCUUGGGGUAAAUAUGCUGCAGAGAUUAGAGACUCAUCGAAGAAAGGUGCAAGAGUUUGGCUUGGAACAUUUGAAACAGCUGAAGAAGCUGCUUUGGCUUAUGACAAGGCCGCUUUGAGGAUUAGGGGUCCAAAGGCAUACCUUAAUUUCCCACUUGAGAGGGUUGCAAAGGCUUUAGGAUGUGACAAGAAGGAAAGUUUGAUCAAGUCUAGGAAGAGGGAAGUGUUUGAUGAUGAUACGAUGAAUGAAGAACCUGCAAGAAAAAAGUUGGAAUGCAUGGUAGAAAAUGAACUAGGUGUUUUUGUAUUUCAGGAUCUAGGAAGUGAUUACUUGGACAGUUUGCUGUCCUCUUUUUGACAUUGAUUCAUACUGUUCAUUAGUCUUUGGUGGUCACAUUCAUAUACAGAAAUAUUAUAGUCAUUUCUGUC